UCGAGCAGGGAUCUACUGUGCUUUAGCCCAUCAAUGGAGGAAAGAACGUUAUCUGUUUCAUACAUUUAGCUGCCAACAUCAGAUCAGUUAUUCCAUGAUAACUAGCUAGCAAGUAUUUUAUUUUUUAUCUCUCACCCCAUUAUUACCAUAGCGCUGUCUCUUUUUGGUGCCAAACAUGCAUUAAAAAAGACCACAGUCAGUGCCGAGAAAUGUUGAAAGGGGAAUUCGUGUAAGCGCUAGCUAUCUCUUGGUUAUAGCUAACGUUAGCAAUCUAGCUUUAAUUCUGGUCAGAUAAGUAGCUAGCUAGUUCAAGAAAACGAGUUAAAACCAAAAAUUGAUAGACAAGUAAAUCAAUAUUCCCUUGCAACCAGAAGAGAACAUUUCUCCGAAAACGUGGUGGCCUAAGCCAUGGGGGCGUUCCUGGACAAGCCCAAGACUGAGAAGCACAACGCCCACGGCGAGGGCAAUGGUCUCCGUUAUGGCCUGAGCAGCAUGCAGGGCUGGCGGGUGGAGAUGGAAGACGCCCACACCGCCACGGUGGGUCUACCCCAGGGCCUGGACAACUGGUCCUUCUUCGCUGUCUACGACGGCCACGCCGGCUCCCGCGUGGCUAACUAUGCCUCUAAACACCUCCUGGGGCACAUCAUAACCCACAGCAUGGGUCCCCCGGGCCCUGAGGGUGUCACCCCAGCACCUGCACCCGCCGUGGAGAUGGUGAAGAUGGGGAUCCGCACCGGCUUCCUGAAGAUCGAUGAGCACAUGAGGAACUUCUCUGACCUGCGUAACGGCAUGGACCGCAGCGGCUCGACGGCCGUGGCCGUGCUGCUCUCUCCAGAGCACCUGUACUUCAUCAACUGUGGUGACUCACGGGCCGUGCUCUACCGCAACGCGCAUGUCUGCUUCUCCACGCUGGACCACAAGCCCUGCAACCCACGGGAGAAGGAGAGGAUCCAGAACGCAGGCGGCUCCGUAAUGAUCCAGAGGGUGAAUGGUUCCCUGGCCGUGUCCCGGGCCCUGGGAGACUACGACUACAAGUGUGUGGAUGGGAAGGGUGCCACGGAGCAGCUGGUGUCCCCAGAACCCGAGGUGUUUGAGAUCGAGAGGGCCCUAGAGGAUGAGUUUGUGGUGCUGGCCUGUGACGGUAUCUGGGACGUGAUGACCAACGAGGAGCUGUGUAAGUUUGUCAAGUCCCGUCUGGAGGUGUCCCACGACCUGGAGAAGGUCUGCAACCAGUUGCUGGACACCUGCCUGCACAAGGGAAGUCGGGAUAACAUGAGUGUUGUUUUGGUGUGUUUGCCAAACUGCCCUAAAGUGUCAGAGGAGGCGGUGAAGAAAGAUACAGAGCUGGAUAAGUUUCUGGAGUCUCGCGUGGAAGAGAUCAUAGAGAAGGCAGGAGAGGAGGGUAUUCCUGACCUGGUGACGGUCAUGAGAAACUUGUCCUCAGAGAGCAUCCCCAACCUGCCACCAGGGGGAGGCCUCGCCAGCAAACACAGUGUUAUGGAAGCAGUGUACAAGCGGCUGAACCCACACAGGGAAGUGGACGGGAAUGGAGUAGACCUUGAGGACCCCUGGUAGCAACCCAGCAGAACUGCCUGUUCCCACACCAGGACUCCUUUAUACACAAGACAUCUUUCAUCACUUUCUUUCCCUUUUAUUUUUCCUACGAUACCAAGAGAUCAAUUGGACCAUGAAUGCAGAUUUGAAACUCUCAACACACACAACGCAAAGGAUUGCAAACCAUUUUAGAUGUUUUUUAAAGGGGGGGAAAGGACGACUGCAAUGGUAGUAUAAAACAUUUAAACAAAAUAUAUUCUAGAGAAAUUAAGAGCGUUUUUCCCCUUGUUGCUUUUUUGUUGUUUUUGUGGAUUGAUGAAGAGCCUUAGCCUUAGUUGGGACAUGUACACUCUGUGGUGCCUUUUUCCCCCAACGCUGUUAACUGACCUGGCCCCAGCCCUGCUUCUGGACACAAGGGGCCCUACAGGGGACUACCACUGGGUCAGGGAAUCACUGGCCUGUGUCUGCCUGGCUGGACAUUGCUACUGGGAUCGCAGAUAGACAAACGCAAUGUGCAAACAUGUGGACAGGAGUGUCUGAUUGCAUUACUUAUGUGGAAGGGUUUGGAGACGGACUGCUGGUGCGGGAGGGUUUGGAGACGGACUGCUGAUGCGGGAGGGUUUGGAGACGGACUGCUGGUGCGGGAGGGUUUGGAGACGGACUGCUGGUGCGGGAGGGUUUGGAGACGGACUGCUGGUGCGGGAGGGUUUGGAGACGGACUGCUGGUGCGGGAGGGUUUGGAGACGGACUGCUGGUGCGGGAGGGUUUGGAGACGGACUGCUGGUGCGGGAGGGUUUGGAGACGGACUGCUGGUGCGGGAGGGUUUGGAGACGGACUGCUGGUGCGGGAGGGUUUGGAGACGGACUGCUGGUGCGGGAGGGUUUGGAGACGGACUGCUGGUGCGGGAGGGUUUGGAGACGGACUGCUGGUGCGGGAGGGUUUGGAGACGGACUGCUGGUGCGGGAGGGUUUGGAGACGGACUGCUGGUGCGGGAGGGUUUGGAGACGGACUGCUGGUGCGGGAGGGUUUGGAGACGGACUGCUGGUGCGGGAGGGUUUGGAGACGGACUGCUGGUGCGGGAGGGUUUGGAGACGGACUGCUGGUGCGGGAGGGUUUGGAGACGGACUGCUGGUGCGGGAGGGUUUGGAGACGGACUGCUGGUGCGGGAGGGUUUGGAGACGGACUGCUGGUGCGGGAGGGUUUGGAGACGGACUGCUGGUGCGGGAGGGUUUGGAGACGGACUGCUGGUGCGGGAGGGUUUGGAGACGGACUACUUUUUGCACCCUUUUUUCUUUUCUCUCCAACCAACAAAAAAACCCACAGAGAGACAGCUAAUGUUGAGACACUGCUUCAACCUGCAAGCAUGUCACUUCUUUGUCCAUAAGCUUUCUAGCCUGCUGUUGAUCAAGAAAAAUGGAAAAUGUAUAUAAAAUCUUGAAUAUUUUGAUUUACGUAAACAAAUGUAAUCCAUGGUGUCAGAUGUGGCCUACUGUGUGUAAAUAUGAGGAGGUUGCUGGUCUGGUGUCUUUGUUUCACUCCUAGAGGUCUUGGUUGACACAUGGGGAGAUGUCUGAUAUGAUGUGACGUCUACACCUGGUAAAAGGGAUUCUAACUGCCCACCAAUGCUUCACUACUCAUUUCUACUUGCAUCUUUCUCCUUAUUCAUUUAUCUUAUUUUCUGUCUUUCCUCAACCUCUCCUUAAAAUACAGAAAGACUUGCAACACCUGGCCUUUUAAUUUCUCUCAGACGAUAUUGUAGUGUUUUAUUUGUUGUUUUUUUCAUUUAGCAAAUGUACAUUUCUAGGCAAUGAGUUCACCUUUUUGUAUUUUCAUUUUCAAAUGCUGUGUAAUAUGGUUGUUACCUUCUAUUCUCAAAAUGUCUAUAAAUUGGUUGUAUAAAAAAAGUGUUAAAAGGAGAAGUCUAAGGAUGAUUUAGCGUGUCAGUGAGAUUAGAAGGGUGAGGUGGAUCCCUGCCUGGGCUUCUGAUUUAACAAUGAUCUAGUAUACAAGCCUUGGCUGCCAUAUGACUUUUAGGUACUUGCAUGUUGUGUGUGGUUGUAUUUUUACAAUAACAUUGGGGGGGGGGGGGGUCAUUACUCCUGGGAAAUGGGUAUGUUUAAGCUAUAGCAGACACUGGGUUAAGGUGGUGGGGGGCUGCUUUGAAUGUAAUUCAACUUCACACUACACUGCUGAGCAGAGUAGGGGCUACAGACUCUUUCCUCCCCCUGGUCAUUUGAUGGCAAAACUUGCCUUGGCAUUCAGUUUUCAUUGUGUUUCAUUGGAAUAUGUAUAGAUUGUCCCACAUGGGAUUAUAUUAAUAAAAUGUUUAUUCUCCCUCAA